GAUUGGCACUUCCGGUGUUUGUUUUUGACGUUUCGAUUUAAGUUUUCAUUCAAUUUAUACUGAAAUGUUAAAGGACACAUCUACAAUGAAAAAACAGAUCAGAAGAAUUUGAAGAUGUGGAGAUGAUAUUUAAAAGUUGGUUGUAACCUAUGAGACAGAGUUGUUGUUUGCUGAAACAAUGUCAACAAGACGGCUGCCAGAGGAUGAUAGAGGGCGAUCCUGCUGGGUGUGUUUUGCAACCGAUGAGGAUGACCGUGCAGCGGCCUGGGUUCGACCGUGCCGGUGUCGAGGAACAACUAUGUGGGUCCAUCAGAGCUGCCUGCAGCGUUGGAUAGAUGAAAAGCAGAAGGGUAACAGCACCACAAAGGUCUCCUGUCCGCAAUGUAACACAGAAUACAUCAUUGUCUUUCCCAAACUAGGAGGUAUCAUCCAGAUACUGGACAUACUUGACCGUAUGAUCUACAAGACUUGCCCCUAUAUGGCCGGGGGUAUCUUCUUUGGAACUGUCUACUGGACGUCAGUAACAUAUGGAGCUGUAACUGUUAUGCAGGUGCUUGGACACAAGGAGGGACUUAACGUAAUGGAGGGUGCAGAUCCACUGUUUCUAUUAAUAGGCCUUCCCAUGAUUCCCCUCUUCCUUAUCCUCGGGAAAAUGGUGCGCUGGGAAGACUACCUGCUCCGACUGUGGCGGAAGUACUCCUCAAGAUGGCCCAUACUGUGUAAACUCUUCCCUAGCUCAACUUCCCAGCUGUCGAGGACCCCCGCAGAAAGCAUGCCCCUUUCCGACCCUGUGUCAGCCACUCGUGUUCUGUGUGGCGCUCUCAUUUUGCCGACCAUUGCAACCAUGGCUGGAAAAGCGAUGUUCGGAAAUGUCUCCUCUAACUUUCAACGUACACUUCUGGGAGGAUUUGCAUUUGUCGCGAUCAAAGGAGCAUUGAAGAUGUAUUACAAGCAAGUUCAGUACAUUCGCCAGGCCAACAGGAUUGUUAAAGACUAUGAGGAACCAAAAACCUCGCCUGCCGAAGUCAGUAAUUCGUGAUACCCCAGGCUUUGGGAUGGAUUCUGUUUUCAUGUGUUUAGUCAGAAUGUAUUACUGUGUUCUUCUUAAGAUCUACCAUCACUUGGCCAGUGAAGAGUAGCAUUUUUUAACUGCUGGUGUUAGACCUUUAAAACUGUUGAGUGCUACAGGAUGAGAUAUAAAAACUUGCCAUAAUGAAUGCAGUGAAUACUAACGAACAUGCCUGGUACAAUUCUAAUGUGUAUCUUUCUACUGCCAGUGCAGUGAUCAAGGAGGGGGAGACUCACGGGAUAAAGCAAGCAUAAACACUCAAACUUCUCCCAAUUUGGAGCUAUGGAAGGAGUUUUUCUCUUUGUACACUUAGGCCUAAAAGAAGAUUACCUGUGUUUAGGGAAACCCAACCCUACCAAGCAAAAUUCCUUGACGCUAGAGGUUUUUUGGACCCUAGAUAAAAAAAAAAUCUGAUUAUCUGAUUUUUAGUUGUUUGCCAUUUGUUUUAAUUUCAAUUAAAAACAUAAGAUAUAAAUUAUUUAAUACACAAUAUACAAAAUUUUAUGGUAACCAUUCGCAACUUGCUUUGCUGUUUUCAUUUGAAUUUUUAUGCCCCCACAAAGUGGCGGCAUAUAGGGUUGCCCUUGUCCGUACGUACAUCUGUCUGUCUGUACGUACGUACGUCCCGAAGAUUGUUUCCGAUCUAAUUCUUGAAAACUGUUUGUCCAAUCCUCACCAAACUUUAAACACAUGUUUGUGACCAUAAUAUCUUGAUCAAGUUCGAUAGUCAUGGAAAUCGCUUUAGUCAUUUAGGAGUUACGGCCCUUUUUUGCCAAAAAUACUUCAAAAAUAUAUGUUUCCAAUCUAAUUCUUGAAAAGUAUGUGUCCAAUCCUCACCAAACUUUACAUACAUGAUUGUGACCAUAAUAUCUUGAUCAAGUUCGAUAGCCAUGGAAAUCGCUUUAAUCAUUUAGGAGUUAGGGCCCUUUAUUUCCCAACAAUACUUAAAAAAUAUCUUAUCCGAUCUAAUUUUCCAGCAGAUAUUAAGUUGUUGGAUCCAUACCCCAUAUUUUUAUCUCGAUGUAAAUGAGAUGUGGAUCCAACAAGUUUUUUCCUGCCUGAAUGGCGCCAUAUAACCUAUACAGUCUUGCGAUGCCGUAAAACCCAACUCAACUCAACUUAUCCUAUAUGUGCAGAUUAUCCUGAAUAAUCAUUAUGGCUUAUUUUCUGUGACAAAAAAUCGAAGUGGGGGCAUCCGUGUCCUAUGGACACAUUUCUAGUUUUAACCCUAUCCCACCUAGCAUUUUUGAGCCCGUUGCCCUAUACUCAAAUGUUUUUUCAAGGUCUCAAGAGAAAUAAGGCCUUGAUUGAAACUUCUCCGUAAGGAUUCAGAAACUUCUCCUGGUUUUCUAAGUCAUGCUAAAUUCUUGUUAAAUUAGGUUAUAACUUUACUUGUUAGGAUGUUGUCUGUUUUGGAAAAGUGAUAUUUUGUUAAUAUUGCUGUAGAGUGCAUUAGUCUGCAGUUACGUAAAUACCCACACAUAUAUACCCAUACAUGUAUAUACAAGAUAGUUGUGUUAUGUUAGAAUCAUACAUGUAUAUACCCGGUAAUGUUCAUUCUCUUCUAUUUACAUGUGUGUUGAGAUUCUUUUACUUGAAUGUGAUGUUGAUGAAAUAAUUGUCAAUAUUAAUGAACCAGCUCUUCAUACAGCCAAUUUAUAUGAUGUUUAUCUGUCAUUAAAGCAUGGUUUUAGAAUUGUACACUCAGUAAGAUUAUCACAGACAAAUUAUGCAAAUAAUUAGCGUAAAUAAUUAUAAAUUGUUUUGGUUUGGUAUCAUCUGUGAAUGAAAAUCAUUGAAUGGUUAAAGUUUGGUAUCAUCGGUGUAUGAAAACAUUGAAUGGUUAAGGUUUGGUAUCAUCUGUGAAUGAAAAUCAUUGAAUGGUUAAGGUUUGGUAUCAUCGGUGUAUGAAAACAUUAAAUGGUUAAGGUUUGGUGACAAUACACAGAUGUGUUGUAAGGCACAUAACUCUGGCUCUGGAAUUAUGGCCAUGAAUAUUCAUGCAAAAGCUUUUAUUACCCAUCACUCAGUAACCAUUCAUGGUAUUUAGAUAAAUUUUUGUAUACAUGUUACCUGUGACAAAUUAUGCACAUGUAUAGCAAGGCCCGACUUGAAUACUGGUCAAGUUAUGCCCCUUGUUUGACUGAAAAAAGACAGCAACAGAUGAGCUUCGGCAGCUUCUUUUAUUCUCUGUGUUUUUAGUUGUAGUAAAAUCAAAAGACAGAAGAGGGUGUGGUGAUUAAGAUCUAUGAAACAAAGUUUAAUCACCAUUUCAGUAAAUAACGGAGAUUAAGACUAGUUUGGGUUGUUGUUUUAUAAUUAAUCUUAGUGCAUGCUUGUAAUUUCAUUUACAUUAAGUUGAUUGGAAUCUUAAGUGCUUAUAUUUGAACAAUUUUUUACAAUUCCCCAUUAGUUACUGUACAGUUUCAUUGAGUACAUGAAUAAACGGUAGGAGUUAAAGUGUUUAACAAAUAAGAUUUCAGAUAUACAAUAAGAAUACUUGUCUUUGUAAAAUUAAUACCAUGUAUUAUUAUUUUAAAAUAUAUUUAAUUUCUUUCAUACAUUAUCUGUCAUAAACCUGUCUUUUGGGAAGAACUAUUUUUUUUGCGACUGAUGAACUGGCGUUAUUGAAAAGUGCAUUUAUGGUCGUGAUAUUUCUUGUACAAAUCCUUGUACCUUGAUGACGACUUGCAUUUUCAAGAAAAUAUCUUCCCACUGUAGCUGUUAGACAUUUAAUCCUGAUAGACAGGUAUAUAAUGUGAAAUAAAGCCAUUAUUAUGACAGUCAUCAAGUAUUUAAUUAGAAGACAUUUAAUCCCGAAUGACAGGUAUAUAAUGUGAAAAAAAGUUGUUUUUAUGACAGUCAUAAAGUAUUAAAUUAGACAAGUCAUUAUUUGUUUAAAAUAUGCCUGACAACAUAUCGUGGGCUUAGUGUAAGACUAUAUUGAGUUACAACCUUCUUGCACUUAGCCCGUGAAAUGUACAAUGACUCCAGUUUACGAACAGAGAUACUUUUAUUUUAUUUCUAUUUUGUGAUGUCUUUGAAUUAGUAGCCAUGUUGCUUUAUAGAUGAUGAGACUGUCCUUAAUUUCAGGUACGUUGUUUUGCUGUUGCUGAUAAAAUAAAAAGUUGCUUAAUUACCUUAUUUCAACUUGUUUUGGUCUGUUUGUUUGUUUUUAUUUGAAUGAGAAACCUUAUCAUAAAAGACUUAUACAAUGUGCAGUAGUUAUGUUAUUCAUUGUUUGUUGGUAUAAUUUUUAAAUAAAAAUGUUAAAUUGCA